AUGGAGCAGCCGGCUGAUGGACCGAUCCAGUCGAUAGCAGAACCUGGUGUGAAAGCUUCGGGCCCUCUUCUCUACUCCAUGAGAAAGGAAGUGGCCGAUCUGCUGGGAAGGCACCAGAUGGGAUUCCCUGGAGCUCAGCCAGUUAGUUUCGCGAGACAACAUCUCGACGAGCUACAAAAACAAGACUACUAUGUCUGCGAAAAAUCGGACGGUAUUCGAUACCUGCUUUACUUGACCUCGGAUGAAGAAGCCUGCGAGGCGCACUACCUCAUCGACCGCAAAAAUGACUACUGGUUCAUCACCAACAGAAAUCUUCAUUUCCCGCUCGAGAACAACACGCAAGCUUUUCAUCGAGACACCCUCGUAGAUGGCGAACUCGUCUGGGACAGCCUACCCAAUGGAAAGAAGGAACCGCGCUUCCUUGUGUUUGACUGCCUCGUCAUGGAUGGGAACAAGCUUAUGGACAGGACCCUCGAUAAACGACUAGCAUACUUCAAGGAGAGGCUGUAUACGCCCUAUAAAAAGCUGUUCAAGGAGUAUCCCGACGAGCUGAAAUUUCAGCCCUUCUUUGUAGAGAUGAAGCCGUUUCAGCUGGGCUACGGGAUUGAGAUGAUGUUCAAGCAGGUCCUUCCAAGCCUGAAGCACGGCAACGACGGACUGAUAUUCACCUGUCGCAACACGGCGUACAAGCACGGCACAGACCCCCACAUCCUUAAGUGGAAGCCUCCAGAGGAAAACACGAUUGAUUUCCGGCUCAAGCUGGCGUUCCCCCUGGUUGAGCCCGAUGAAUGGGAGAGAAAGGACGGCAUCACGGAACCCUUUAUCGACUACGACAGUGUCCCAAAGUCCGAGCUGCUCAUGUAUCUGGGGGAGGGUGGUGACAAGUACCAGCGCUUUGCGGAUCUGUACUUGACCGAGGAGGAGUGGGAGACGCUCAAGGGUCUGAACGAUCCACUAGACGAACGCAUCAUCGAGUGUAAUCAGGAUGACCAGGGACGCUGGCGACUGCUCCGCUUCAGGGAUGACAAGCAUGAGGCGAACCACAAGAGCACAGUGCUCAGUGUCCUGGAGAGCAUCAACGAUCGCGUCUCGGAGAAGGAUCUGUAUCGAGCUGCUGGCCCCAUACGAGAUAGCUGGAAGGCGAGACAAGCUCGCUCUACUCAGGUUCGUGAGCGAUAG